UUUUCUUUUUUUUUUUUUAAGUUUUUUUAAAUUAAAAAAACUGAAACUUUAAUUUCAAUUUCAAUUUCAAUUUCGCACGCGUUUUCGAAUUUAUAAAUACUGGAAUCGAUCGAAUUCUUUGUUUUUUGUUUUCGAUCUCUUGUUGAAUUCCAUCGGCGAGUGCCAGCGACGAUCAUUCGAUUCUCAUUACGCUUCCUCUGUUUCCUCAGUUUCAGCCUUCCCAGAAUUUGCAUUUUGAGUUCUGUAGGGAAGGAAAUAGAGGAUUGUUAGAGAUAUUGCUGCAAGGGGAAGAAGAGAUGGGAAGGCUAUUUUUUAUUACUCUGGAAGGAAAUUGUUAUAGUUGCAAACACUGUAAAACUCAUCUCGCCCUUUCUAAAGACAUAAUUUCAAGGACUUUUCAUUGCAGGCAUGGGAGGGCGUACUUAUUUAAUAACGUUGUCAAUGUCACAGUUGGAGAACAAGAAGAGCGGAUGAUGAUCACGGGACUGCACACUGUUGUUGACAUAUUUUGUGUUGGUUGUGGCUCAAUUCUUGGUUGGAAAUAUGAGGUUGCCUAUGACAAAUCCCAAAAGUACAAGGAAGGAAAAUAUAUCCUUGAGAUGUUCAAGGUGUUGGGUCCUGAUGGAAACAGCUAUUUAGCCAGUCAUGAUCCACAGCUUGCAGGAAGCGAUGGUGACGAUGCCUGA